AGUGCAAUGACGACAUCUGGCCUGCUGGAGUGGGAGCUAUCACUCUCGUCGGAACAGAUUAUCUCCCAUGGCUGGUACCACGGGGCUCUUAGCAGGGGUGCAGCAGAAAACCUCUUACAACAAGAUCGCCAGUUUCUCGUACGAGACUCUUCUUCGCAGCCCGAUAACUACGUGCUCAGUUGUCGGUCUAACGGCCAACAUCUGCAUUUCGUUAUACAGAGGAUCGUCGUGCACCCGGAAACAGUUUUCGAACGAUUUCAAUAUCAAUUUGAAGAUGAAGCGUAUGAUACUGUGGCGGACCUCAUCACCUCGUACGUUGGCUCGGGGAAACCGAUCUCAGCCGCCUCAGGAGCCAGAAUACAGUACCCAGCAAAUCGUGCAGUACCAUUAUCCAAUUUCGUAUCAGGCGAUGACGGUGGAACCAUGGUUUCUCCGAUCGGAGAAAGCAAUUACGGAAACGCGUAUAGUUUGUACAGCCAUUUCGUAGCAAAACCUGGAGCCCAACUGCGAGUGCCAUUCAAAAAGCAACGGUCUCAUUCUCUCACCCCAAUAGAUAUGGCGCAACAUGUGACACAUGGAAAAAGCGCCAGCGCCGAUGGGGUUAUUCAAAGUCAAACUAGUAAGCACCCUAAAAUAUUUUCAAGUGAAUCGAAUUCUGGCUCGAACACUUGGGACGCGAAUUUACCGACAAGCCCUCCAGCGAAGCCUGCAAGAUACGACGGUCCGAAAGCCGACGACCGAAGAUUAGAACUGCACCGACUGUACCACGUCUCUGGGUCCGAUUCAGGAAACGGAUCCGGGGAUUCAACCCAGAGUUCUGCCCACAGUGACCCCAAUAAAUCGCGGAACGAGUCGGAAUACUUGGUGAACACUCCAACAAUAAAGCAACAAUUCGAUUACGAACUAACAGAAGCAAAGUUAUUGCAGCUAGAAAACUUGGAUUAUACCGUAGAGUCCAGGAUAAAUUUGGAAAUUUUCCGGUCAUUGAUUAUUCCAGCAAAUCUUACGAAACCGUUAGAGUCAGAGACAUUGCAUACUAUCAAACUGUUGUUGCGCACGUCGGGACCUCGUAUCCUAGCAAACCACCUCACGAAAAUAGACCUUCAUUUCCUAUUCGACGACUCCAUACAAAUCGAAGGGCUAGAUAAAACAGCGUCGGGGAUAGAACUUUGUUUUCUUCCUCAGGGACGCUUGUUACGUUUAGAUGUCAUAGAAAGGGUGGAAACCUUUCGCCUUCUAGUAGCGGUGACGGUCCUAACUUGCCAAACAGACAGACAAAGGGCAGAUACUAUAAACGACUGGAUACUGCUGGCCAUUGAAACUAAAACUGCUUUGGGCAACCUGUACGGAUUUUCCGCCAUAAUGUUUGGUCUUUGCAUGCCUCAGGUGGAAUGUUUAGAGAACGCCUGGAACAUCUUAAGGCGAAUGUACACCGACAACGCUUUUAUGUUCGAGGCCAAACUGCGGCCGUGUUUCAAGAACAUGAACGAAGGGACAUAUCCUCUUCCUCCGAAUACCACCACUCCUUACGUAAUACCGUCUGUGCUGUGCUUUCAUUUAUUCGAUGGCGAAGGUGGAGGCCUCUUACAAACGGACGAGACGUUCCCGAGCAGUCUCAUGAGCAGCUUGGAGUUCGACUUCAACGCCACAGCCGCUCACCUCGAGGCAGCACGCCACUUCCCCCAACAAAUAGACAUGUUCAAACGGAACGCGCGCACAGUCGUACAGGAGAUGUCUUCCCUCGGACCAAUGUUAGAUCCAAUAUUACUGGAGUUGUUCCGGACUGAGUUCCAUAUAAGCUUCCUGUGGGGUGAGAGAGGUGUGCUUACAAGUCCCAACCAGAGGUUUGCAAGGCUGACGGAUAUUCUAAGCGCAAUGGCGACGAAGCUGGCGAAUCAACCACCAGAUAGUGAUGAUGCUGUGUGAU